GUUGUAAGCGGUCUCGAUUAUUCUUGUAUAGGGUCAUCCGCCAUCAUGAAGUGUUUUGAGUGAAAUUGAAGUGACGUUUCACGAAAAUAAGAACAAAAAUGGCAGGGAAUAUUGGAAUGGAGCAGCUUAUUCCAGUUGUGAAUAAGCUGCAAGAUGCAUUUGUCUCUCUUGGCGUCCCAUUGUCUCUCGAUCUCCCUCAAAUAGCUGUCGUAGGAAGCCAAAGCGCCGGUAAAAGCAGUGUUCUGGAAAACUUCGUUGGACGAGACUUUCUGCCAAGAGGAAAUGGUAUUGUUACUAGGCGACCCUUGGUUCUACAGCUUAUCAAUGGCAAAACAGAAUAUGCAGAGUUCUUGCACCUUAAAGGAAAACCAUUGUCAGAUUUUGAUAUGGUUAGGAAAGAGAUUGAGGCUGAAACAGAUAGGAUGACUGGUUCAAACAAAGGCAUCUCCAAUGUCCCCAUCAACCUGAGAGUCUACUCUCCAAAUGUGCUGAACCUGACUUUGAUAGAUUUGCCAGGCAUGACCAAGGUUGCUGUGGGGGAUCAGCCCCAGGACAUUGAGGCCCAAAUCCGUAACAUGCUCAUGGAGUUCAUCACCAAGGAAACAUGUCUCAUCUUAGCUGUGUCUCCAGCUAACACUGACCUUGCCAACUCGGACGCCCUGAAAAUUGCUAAGGAGGUUGAUCCUCAAGGUACACGGACCAUAGGUGUUAUCACCAAACUGGAUUUAAUGGACGAAGGGACAGACGCCCGUGACAUCUUGGAAAACCGUACAUUACCACUACGGCGAGGUUACGUCGGAGUGGUGAACAGGAGCCAGAAAGAUAUAGAAGGCAGGAAGGACAUACGAGCGGCCAUGGCUUCUGAACGCAAAUUUUUCCUUAGUCAUCCAGCUUACAGACAUAUGGCAGAUCGUAUGGGUACACCAUACUUACAGAAAGUACUUAAUGAACAGUUAACAAAUCACAUCCGAGAUUCUCUACCAGCUCUAAGGAACAGACUUCAGUCACAGUUACUAUCCAUGGAAAAGGAAGUUCAAGAAUUCAAAAACUUUCGGCCUGAUGACCCAUCUCGGAAGACAAAGGCCAUGAUGCAAAUUUGUCAACAGUUCAAUGUAGACUUUGAGAAGAGUAUAGAAGGAUCCGGGUCAGUAAUAAACACCAGAGAGUUGUCAGGGGGAGCCAAAAUCAACCGCAUAUUUCAUGAAAGAUUUCCAUUUGAGUUAGUCAAGAUGGAAUUUGAUGAGCGAGAAUUGAGGAGAGAAAUCAGUAUCGCCAUCAGAAAUAUCCAUGCCAUCAGAACUGGCUUAUUUACACCAGACAUGGCCUUUGAGGCUAUUGUUAAAGGUCAAAUACAGAAGCUCAUUGGCCCCUCAAUCAAGUGUGUGGAUUUGGUGGUAACCGAGCUCACCUCAGUUGUCAGGCGCAACACACAACAGAUGGGUCGUUACCCUCGACUUCGUGAGGAGGUGGAGAGGGUAGUGAACACACGAAUACGUGAAUGUGAACAGAAGGUUAAGGACCAGCUUCAGCUGCUGGUGGAGUGUCAGCUAGCAUACAUGAACACUAACCAUGAAGAUUUUAUUGGAUUUGCUAAUGCCCAAAACAAAACGGAGAAUACCCAGAGAAAAAAAGUUGGGAAUCAGGUUAUUCGUAAAGGCUGGCUAACCCUCCACAACAUCAGUUUUAUGAAAGGAGGGUCUAAGGAUUUCUGGUUUGUCCUCACAGCUGAGACGUUAUGCUGGUUUAAGGACGAGGAGGAAUCUGACAAGAAAUACAUGCUCCCUUUGGAAGGUCUGAAAGUGCGAGACCAAGAGACAUCGGGAAUUCUCUCCCGCCGACCCACUUUCGCUCUAUUCUCUUCAGAGCAUAGGAAUGUAUACAAGGACUACAAACAGCUGGAGCUGUCAGCGGAGAGUCAGGAGGAAGUAGACAGCUGGAAGGCCUCCUUCCUCAGGGCAGGUGUCUACCCCGACCGAAGCUCAGAGGAAAACAAGGAUUCUGGUGUUAAGGAUUCGAGUAGCAGUGACAUCGGCUCCAUGGAUCCCCAGUUGGAGCGACAGGUUGAGACCAUCCGUAACCUCGUUGACUCUUACAUGAAGAUUGUCAACAAAACUCAGCGAGACUUAGUCCCAAAAACCAUCAUGUACAUGAUAGUCAACGAAGUUAAAGAAUUUAUUGGCGGUGAAUUGCUAGCUCAUCUAUAUUCAACAGUAGACCAGAGUUCCAUGAUGGAAGAAUCUAAAGAGGAAGCAAAUCGUCGGGAAGAAAUGCUGCGCAUGUAUCAUGCUACAAAAGAAGCCCUACAGAUAAUCGGUGACAUCUCCACGACAACAGUGUCCACUCCCUGCCCUCCCCCAGUUGACAGUGAUUGGCUCAAUGUGGAACAGUCUUAUAACGGACGGCCGAGUUCCAGGCCAUCUUCACCCAAGCCGAGUCGUGCACCUCCACCACCACUCCCUAACCGCCCUGGGGGCAAUCAACCAACAAUCCCCAAUCGCCCCGCCCCAAACAUUCCCAACCGCCCGGCCCCACAGGUACCAGUGGGUAUGGUCAUUAAUGCUAUGGGCGGUCCCCAGCAAGCUGCAGGCACUUUUACCAACAUGGCUUUCCAGGCUGGUGGGGCAUUCCAGGGCAGCGGAGGCUUUGGACAAGGCGGCAACGUGCCUCCAAUUCCUGCCACAAAACCCAGUUUCAGAGGGCGACCUUCCUCUGGUGUAGUACCCAAGAUCCCUGAUCGCCCCAACAUGUCUGGUCGCCAGUACUAGAUAUCUUCAUCACAGGAAAAUGAAAUUGUCACCAUGGAAACCUAGUGUCAAAUCUGUUUCCACGGCGACUCUGCAUCACCACAAAGAUGCGUUGAGGUGCAAUACAGUAGCGCCAUCUAUAUUAUUAUGGUAUAUAACAGACAUAGUACUUAGUGACCUGAAGUGUAUUACGGGGUCAAGGUCAUUAUAAUUUAGAUAAUGUGAAGGUCAUGGAUAAAGCACACUGUAAGAGAUGCACAGAGAGUGGAAACAGAUCAAAAUAGGUCAGGAUCUGUUUCAGCAUGUCUAGUCAAAUACUGACAGUGAGAACAGUACUGACAAUGGCAAUGCUGAUGACAAAAUAAAUGUUGACAUCCAUAGAACAUUUACGAGAGUGUAGCAGGUUACCAGUAUUCUGACAUCUUACUUAGUCAGCCUGUCAACAGCCUCACAAGUACAUGGUAUCCCUAGUAACAGGGUCACCAGGCACCACCAAGGUCAGCUACAUACAGGUGGUGAUCACUGAGUGGAGUGGCUGGUGGUUCACUGUGGUAAUGUUGAAGAUGUUGAUCGUUUCGUACAAGAAAGUUGAUGAUACACCACCAUGUUAGUACAACUGUCUGGUACAGUUGUUCAACGUCAAACAUUUUUAGUAAUCGUAUAAUCAUGUAGUAGAGACUGUAUUUAUGCACACAUUAAAGGAUACAGUUUAGAUGUAUAUCCUGUUCACAUGUAUCACUAUACAUUUGAUGUUAUCAUCCAUGGUCACCCCACAGCAGUAUGUAGAAAUGCUGUCUCUCUAGUGUUAAACCUUCCCUCAGUGUACAAGUAGUGGCAUCUUUCAACUCUGUUAGAAAGGUUCAAAUGCAUUUACCAUUGAUUGAGUCAUGUCUGUAGUAUAAUUUAUACAUUAGUUAUUUAAUUAUGUCAUAAUUUUCUGUGAGAACGCCAGAAACAAGACACCCAAGUACUCCUCUUGGUUUUGGGGCCAAAUAUCAUUAAGGAAUACAAAUCAGCUUCAUAAUGGUGGAAGUAUAUCAGAAUUAUUAUGUAUAGAAAAGAUUAUAGCAAAAGUGUAGUACUAGUUAAUCAAAAUGUGAACCUGUACACAUAACAGAACUUUGUACUGUGGCAGGUCCAACCCUGUCCAUUGGGUCAAACCUUGUACCAUGUGGUUCUACUCUGGAUCAGGUCCAACCCUGUCCAUUGGGUCAAACCUUGUACCAUGUGGUUCUACUCUGGAUCAGGUCCAACCCUGUCCAUUGGGUCAAACCUUGUACCAUGUGGUUCUAUUGUGGGUCAGGUCCAACCCUGUCCAUGGGGUCAAACCUUGUACCAUGUGGUUCUACUCUGGAUCAGGUCCAACCCUGCCCAUUGGGUCAAACCUUGUACCAUGUGGUUCUAUUGUGGGUCAGGUCCAACCCUGUCCAUUGGGUCAAGUGUUUCUACUCUGGAUCAGGUCCAACCCUGUCCAUUGGGUCAAGUGUUUCUACUCUGGAUCAGGUCCAACCCUGUCCAUUGGGUCAAACCUUGUACCAUGUGGUUCUGUUGUGGGUCAGGUCCAACCCUGUCCAUUGGGUCAAGUGUUUCUACUCUGGAUCAGGUCCAACCCUGUCCAUUGGGUCAAACCUUGUACCAUGUGGUUCUACUCUGGAUCAGGUCCAACCCUGUCCAUUGGGUCAAGUGUUUCUACUCUGGAUCAGGUCCAACACUGACCCAUGGGGUCAAACUUUGUACCAAGUGUUUCUAUUCUAGGUCAGGUCCAACCCUGACCCAUGGGGCCACCCAUUGUACCAAGUGUUUCUAUUCUGGGUCAGGUCCAACCCUGUCCAUUGGGCUAAAUUUGGCUUGUGCUUGAGGCAUUGGUCUGGCGUUUUCACAUGUUUGCAUUCUGUGUUCCUGAGCAUUUAUUGUAAUUUUACUGUUCAAAAGAAAUGGAGAAAAUAUUCAGUAUCUUUUGGAAGAAUCCUGGACACCAAGUGCUCAACAAGCUGGCUGUUUAUUGAGAAGUUCCUUUAUUUUGGAGUACAUGUAGUUCUGUGAUGAAUUUCUGUAAAUGUUUCCUGUAUUUAUUAUGCAAUUGUUGUUGUGGAUCGGGUACAACACUAGCUCACCUCACUUUAUGUGUAAGCAUGUCAUUAUUUAUGUAUACACAAAAUUACAUGUAUUCUUAUCAGUUAGCCAAACUACUCCCUGGAUCAAAUGUUUUAAAUGGUUAGGUCUGGCUAGUUAAUUUGUUUUAAUUGGAUAUCAUUUUAAUUGACAGAAAAUGAAUGGACACUUGCUGUACCAACUAAAAAAUGUUGGCCUUUGUAAAAUUGUAAUAUGAUUGUUUCUUGAUUUAAAGAUUAAGUUUUUUUAGUGAUUUUUCCGAUAUUGUGUUAUAAGAAAGGGACAGUAAAUUUGUGGGAUGUUACAUGGUGUAAAUAGUUUCAACAACCACUGACGUCACUAGGCAGGAAAAGGUGUCCUGUGUGUUCAGCAAGCCAGUGGAAGUUAUGAUGAAGUUAUCUCCCCUCAAACAGCUCGGCUUUGCUCCACUACAAUUAAGAUUUUCUUUUUUUUUUGUGAAUGAUGAUCAUAAUUGUUUGCUUUCAGUAUCUUACAAAAAGAUAAUUGAUUUUAAAUCUAAAAUCCCACCAAUAUCUACAGUGUUCAUGUAUUGGAUCUGGUUUGAUUUUGUAAAAUUACUGGAUAUCUUUUAAAAAAAUGUGAAUGUCAGCCUUAUUUAUUUCCAUUUCAAUAGAAUAUCUUAUAUGAAAAGAUGAUUGAUGAUGGUUAUAAUACAUAAUUAAAACUCACCAAUAAAUUAAUCAAGAUCUACUAUAUAUUGAUUUUGAAUUGUCUGUUUAAACAAAAACAAGUACAUAUGUAUCUGGUUUAGGCAGUAAUUUCCCUUUUAAACGCCACUGAAUGAGGCCUUACUGUGCAGUAGUACACCGUAACAAGAGUGAAAUCCAAGCUUCUCUAAAAUCAAUUUUAUUGGUGUUAGUAUUGACAACUAAUUUCCAGACAAAUCACCUACUCGUUCACACAACCUACUCGCUCUACAGAGUUCAGAUUAACAUGCGUCAGCAGGCCUCAGUUUCUGGUCGGACGUUUUUUCCUUUUGUGAUAUGAUCUUAUUUCCUCACCACUUGCUGUACAUUUGUAUAUGAUGUAGAUACAGGUUUUUGUAAGACUUUGGUUACAUGUACAUACAAUGAAGACGCAUUCCAUAUCAUGGAGUUGGAGUGGAACUGUAGACUAGUGUAUAUUACCAUGGCAACCCAUCAUUAGUUGGAGGGACAGAUUUGUUACAGGACAACAUUAGCGACAUGUUUGUUAUAUAAACAACAUUAGUUAGAGAUAUUUGGAAUGUUUAUUCCUAUCAUUUAAUAACUGUUGCCAUGGCAACAGGAGAAAUGUACAUGCUUCAUUGACUUCGUAGAAAGAAGAUGUGUUGUGUUGCUGUCUGAAUGUUUAUCUAAGUUUGUAGGACGAAAGAUUUAUGUUAGUCAUGUCAAGAAAUUGUCAGGUUUGUGAAAAGAAUUUGUAAAAGUUCAAACAAAAUUUUACUUUGCCAGCAGCAAAUAAAGAAAAAUCAUUGAAUGUGA